CCCGCCUCUUCUCAAUGUCCCUCUUGCGCGAGGCCGAAAGGUAUCUCGCCAAACAACAGUCCCAAGCUGCCCUCAAUGCCUUUAUAACUCAUUUGCAGCCCUCGGGCCCGUGGCUGGACCGCGUCAAGGCCGCCGAUCGUCGCCGAGAGCAAGGAACGUCAAAAUCCCGUGUGGACGGCCAGUUGAUCUCCGUGAAAGAUAACAUAUGCACUCGCGACUUCCCGACGACAUGUGCCUCAGGAAUUUUAGACCGAUUCGCCAGCCCAUCGAACGCGACAGUCAUCGAGCAAUUGGAGAGCGCCGGGGCCAUCGUGGCGGGGAAAACGAAUCUUGAUGAGUUUGGCAUGGGAUCCCAUUCCAUCCAUUCGCAUUUCGGUCCGGUUGGGGACCGGUGCAACGCAGAAACCCUGUCUGCUGGUGGCAGUUCGGGGGGCAGUGCCGUUGCCGUCGCCACGAACCAAUGUUAUGCAGCUUUGGGGACCGACACGGGUGGCUCGGUUCGGCUUCCUGCCGCGUACACGGGGACGGUUGGCUUCAAGCCUUCUUAUGGACUCGUCUCCCGAUGGGGUGUGAUUGCCUAUGCUAACUCGCUGGAUACUGUUGGCAUCCUGGGGAAGAAUGUAACCAGUACCCGUGAGAUCUUUCAUAUUUUGAACCAACACGACCCGCGCGACCCGACAAGUCUCUCCCCGGCCUCGCGUUCUCGGAUAUUUUCACAUUUAGAUACCCCGUCUCUUGCAUCUCGAAUGAAGUCCAUCCCUUUGAAGAUCGGCGUGCCUGCUGAGUAUAACAUCUCGGAACUUGCUCCUUCGAUUCGCCAGGCUUGGACACGCUCUCUGGCCUACAUGCAACGGCAGGGGCAUACCAUCCACUCGGUUUCUCUUCCAGCUACCAAACUGGCAUUGUCUGCAUAUUAUGUACUUGCGCCUGCCGAGGCAUCCUCGAACCUGGCAAAGUAUGAUGGUGUCAGAUAUGGGACUCGCGCUGCUCCCGGUGGUGGCGCACAACCGGAUGAUUACCUGUAUGCCACGACUAGGGGUGAUGGGUUUGGCAGCGAGGUUAAGAGAAGGAUUCUGCUCGGGGCAUUCAGUCUGAGUGCCGACGCAAUUGACAAUUAUUUCAUACAGGCUCAGCGCAUUCGGCGACUCGUUCAGCAUGAUUUCAAUGCGGUUUUCGGUGCGGAGCAGCCCUUAGCUCCUCGUCAAACCGAGUCCGACCCUAGACCAGAAACCUUUGGUGUAGAUGUUCUAAUGUGCCCGACUGUACCGUCAACCCCACCUCGCAUAUCCGACUUGUUGGAAGGUGAUACGACGGUAUCCCCUUUAGAUGCGUACACGAAUGAUGUCUUUACCGUGCCUGCAAGUCUAGCUGGUCUCCCAGCAUUGUCCGUCCCAGUCACUGUGGACGAAGGCAUCGAAUCUACCGGGAUUCAGAUAAUUGGCCAGUACGGCGACGAUGAGCUGGUGUUGAGAGUGGGGGGGUUGUUGUUGGAAGGAAAAGAUCUCCGACCAGUCUCUUGAUGUAUAAAACACCCGGAAUGCAUAUAGUUUGAUCACGGAGUCACUUCGGUUUAAUCUGAUAUCAUAGCCACGCGAAUGUCUUGCGGGGUUUAAUGUUCU